UGCUAACGGCGGAGACGCUGCUGAACACAAACUUAUCCAGUUAUGUGCCGUCCUGAAUCAACGACCUGGUUCUGAGAGGGGCAGAUAGAGGUCUACGUGUCCGUGUGAGGGGCCUUCAGACACCGGGGCCGCUCAGAUCACCGACACACUCCGGUUGUAGUUUUUACGGUCAACGCGGAUGCUAACUCCGGCUAGCCUGAAGCUAACUCCGCCACACAACAGGAAGUCCGCACUGAUUCUUUUUUACUUGUUAUUAUUUUUUAUUAUUAUUUGCAUCCAUCGCCAGCACAGUGAGUGAUGUGGAAAGUGGCUUUACGAGCGCUCGGUGUUCUGCUGUUGGCCUGGUUCUUCGGGAACUUUGUCCUCGGUUGGUUUCAGCAAAACAACGCGAAACCCGAAACGCAGCACAGCGAGGAUCCGACCCGGGACCAGGACCGGGACCAGGACCAGGACCAGAGCUGCUUCUGCCAUCUGACGGGGGUCCUGGACGACUGCUUCUGUGACGUGGAAAGCAUCGACGUCUUCAACAACUUCAAGCUUUACCCUCGAAUCAAGAAGCUCACAGAGAAAGACUACUUCAGAUACUACAGGGUGAACUUGAAGCGACCGUGUCCCUUUUGGCCCGACGACGGACAUUGUGCCAUCAAAGACUGCCAUGUGGAGCCCUGUCCAGAGAGUAAGAUCCCGGUGGGCAUCAAGUCUGGGAACUACAACAAGUACUCCCAUGAAGCCAACACGGAGUCGGACGUGACCGAGUGUGAACAGGCCCAAGAGCUGGGCGCCAUCAACAACACCUUAAGUAACCAGAGUAAACAGGCGUUCGCUGACUGGGCGAGACACGACGAUGCUCAGGACCACUUCUGUGAGCUGGACGAUGAAACCUCUCCAGAUUCUGAGUACGUGGAUCUGCUGCUGAAUCCGGAGAGAUUCACUGGAUACAAGGGUCCUUCAGCCUGGAGGGUCUGGAAUAGCAUCUACGAGGAAAACUGCUUCAAGCCCAGAUCAGUGUACCGACCUCUGAACCCUCUGGCUCCGAGCAGAGGAGACGACGAUGGCGAGGGUUUCUACACAUGGCUUGAAGGUUUGUGUUUGGAGAAGAGAGUUUUCUACCGGCUCAUCUCCGGACUCCACAGCAGCAUCAACAUCCACCUGUGUGCCGAGUACCUGCUGGACGAGGGUUGGGGCCGGUCGGUUUGGGGUCCAAACGCUCAGGAGUUCCGGCAGAGAUUCGACACUGCAGUGACGAAGGGCGAGGGCACGCGGCGGCUGAAGAACCUCUACUUCCUGUACCUCAUCGAGCUGCGGGCGCUCUACAAGGUGGCUCCGUACUUCGAACGAGCGUUCAUUAACCUGUACACCGGAAACAGGAAGGAAGACUCAGCCACCAAGGAACUGCUUCUGCAGGUCUUCAAUGAGAUCAGAACUUUCCCAAUGCACUUUGAUGAGAAGUCCAUGUUCGCCGGGCAAAAAAUCGAAGCCAAAAUAUUAAAGGAGGAAUUCCGCCUCCAUUUCAAAAACAUCUCCAGGAUCAUGGACUGCGUCGGCUGCAGUAAAUGUCGUCUGUGGGGGAAACUGCAGACUCAGGGUCUCGGUACAGCUCUGAAGAUCCUCUUCUCCGAGAAGGAGAUCCAGAAUCUUCCCGAGCACAGCCCCUCUAAAGGUUUCCAGCUGACCCGACAGGAGAUCGUGGCCUUACUGAACGGCUUCUGCAGGUUGUCCACCAGUAUACAUCAGCUCCACCAUUUCCGCCUGCUGCUGAAGGACAACAGGUAACAGCAGGUGACACGUCUCACCUGACCAGUAGGCGGCGCCCCCCCCCCCACAGAGAACUGCAAUAGUCUAAUCGUCUCCCAAAAGAAAGGCCUUUUUCACGGACAGCAGGAUCAGCAGUGAACCCAACAAUCCCCCCCUCCCCUCCCACAAACACACUCUCUUCUCCCAUUAAUCUCUCUCUGUACUUCCUCCUCCUCCUCUUCCUCCUCCGGUAGAUUAUGAAUGUUAACUCCUCUGCCUCCUCUUGCCUACGUCGGAGAAGUCUCCAGGUUCUGAAAACUAAACCCGACGUCUUUUUUUUCUCUCUCUCUUCUCUGCUGUAAAACUUGUCGGCCAGUGUACAAAACCUUUUUUCAUUUCGAUAUUUUUGGUUCUAUUUUGAGAGGUUGACCUUUUUAAAAUCAGCAGGUGUUUUUUUUUUUUUUUUUUUUUGUGACCUUCGACAAAACCUGAAUGAAAAGUGAUGUCACAGACCAAACGGUGACCAGCCGACCUCCGGGACGAAAAGUAAACUGUGUCCAACAGGAAGUGUCUGAGUUUGAUUUGAAGCAGGCGUUUCUCUGUCUGGCUGACCCCGCCGCCCUCUGCUGACAUCACAUCCUGUUGGAUUUUACAGUCACGUGAACCUGAGUCAGACCUUUACGGCUCUUGCGUGAGGACGUUGACCUGAGGAAGGACUCAGUCGGGACGGUUCUUCUAGAUAAACGUGCGUCUGAACCGUCUGGACGCUGCUGCCUAUCCUGUUUUUUUUUUUUUUUUUUUGUAUUUAUUUGUUUUGUUUUUUUUUCCUUUUCCUCUCCUCUCUCACCGCCUCCUGUUGUUGUUUAUAGAUACGUUUGUUGCUCAAAGCCUGAGGAAAUGGACCAAUCUGCUCAUGUUAACCAUCUCAGGCCUAAAUUAUGUCAGCUCGC